UACUUUGCCACACAUUAUACGUUCUUUUCAUCUGAAAUUCGUGUCCAGUUAAGGAAAACGAACGACUCGAGUAGUGGCAGUGGAAGUAACAAUAACAGCAGCAAUGGUAAAUCUGGUGGUGGUAGCUCGAAAUCAUCGGGAAAGAACUCGGCCGCUUCCUCUUCAAAUACAAGCAACAAUAAUGAUACCUCAGGUUCAACACCCACAAUUGUAGUGGUAACUGCAGAACAGAGGCAGGCACUUGCUCAGGCUGGUGUAGAUGCAGCAGCCCCCCUCUCACCUGCUAGUAACCAUAAGUCUCAUUCAAAAGAUGAACCUCCCAAAAGAGAUCCAUUGAACCGUUUAAAAAAUACGCCAAAGGAUGUCAUACCACUCAGUAAAGCACCACGACGGCAGAGAUCCUCGAGGUUCCAUGUCACGGAAAAAGUGGAAUUGGAAAAGUUGCCAAAUUUUAACGAGGUUCCGCUUGAUAAGAGACAAGACCUUUUUCUAAAAAAGCUCGGUCAAUGUGCUGUUAUUUUCGAUUUUAACGAUGCAAGCGCCGAACUAAAAGGAAAAGAGAUAAAACGUGCCACUUUAACGGAACUUUUAGAGUACAUAACUACAACUCGAGGAGUUAUUACUGAACCAAUAUAUCCUGAAGUGGUUUCCAUGUUUGCCAUUAACCUCUUUCGAACGAUACCACCACAAGUUAAUCCAAUUGGAGAUGCCUUUGACCCCGAAGAAGAUGAACCUGUGCUUGAACUUGCUUGGCCACACCUUCAAAUUGUUUAUGAAUUUUUCCUAAGGUUUAUUGAAUCUCCUGAAUUCGAUACUAAUAUCGCAAAAAAAUAUAUAAAUCCACAAUUUAUAUUGCAGCUAUUAGAUUUAUUCGAAAGUGAGGAUCCAAGGGAACGUGAUUUCUUAAAGACCACCUUACACCGAAUCUAUGGGAAAUUCCUAAAUCUUCGCGCAUUUAUUCGAAGAUCAAUUAACAAUGUAUUUUUCCAGUUUAUAUAUGAAACCGAACGUCAUAACGGUAUAGCUGAAUUGUUGGAAAUUCUCGGGAGUAUCAUCAAUGGUUUUGCAUUACCCCUAAAAGACGAACAUAAGACUUUUCUUACGAAAGUCUUGAUACCUUUACAUAAGGUUAAAUCUUUGACAUUAUAUCAUCCACAGCUUGCGUAUUGCGUAGUACAAUUCCUCGAGAAGGAUCCCUCGCUAACUGAAGAAGUUAUUUGUGGUUUGCUUCGAUAUUGGCCGAAAGUUGAAAUUAAAG